AUGGCUCCCCCCGGCAACCUCUACGUCACGAUGCAGCCGCGGCCAGGUCUCUCGCUCGACCAGUUCCACGAGUGGUACAACAACGAACACGGCCCUACGCGACUGCGGCUGCCGCAAAUCUUCGCCAAUGGCCUGCGCUAUCGGGCUGCCGACGGCCAGCAGCCCGAGUUCCUCGCGGCCUACGACGUCACCGACAUGGCGCAUCUCGAGACCGAGACGUACCUGACGCUGCGCGCGAAUCGAUCCCCGCGAGAGGCCGCGACCAUUGGCCAGGUGGACGUCUCGCGGUACUUUUACGACCUUGUGCAUGGCGAGGAAUCGCCCCUCUUUAUGCCGGUCGACAAGUUGACGGACGAAGAAGCAGAGGGCCUCGUGGCGGUCGCUACCGAAAUCACCCUCGAGGACACGCCUGAAGCAAAGGCCCUGUUCAAGAAAUGGUUCAUCCAAGAGCACAUUCCAUUUCUGUCCAAGAUCCCCGGCUGGUUAAGAAGUCGUCUCUUUAUCACUUCGAGCCUCGAGCCGGACCUGCCCACUAAAUUCCUGACCUUUCACGAUUUUGCCAAGGACAAUGGCUUGCAGGCUGCAGAGCAGAAGGCUGCCACCGACGGCUCCUGGAAGAACGACGACUUUGACAACUCGGUCGCAUCCAGAAAGAGGCGCAUAUACUCUCUCUUCUACACCUUUGGCCCUGCUCCAAGAGAUCUCGACCACCUAUCGAGACUCCCCCCGGCAGCGUCCUUCACGGCGGCAGACUCCAAGACGUCUACAAUCGCCGGCCCAGCUCCCAUCCUCGCUUCAUACAUCACCACCCCAGACUCUCUCGCCAUUCCCUACCGCUUACAAGGCAAUCCCUCGCCAACCGCCCCCACAGUCGCCUUCUGCAACUCCCUCCUCACCUCUCUCCACAUGUGGGACGCCUUCGUCGACAUCCUCAAGCUCCAUCGUCCAGACCUCCGCAUCCUCCGCUACGACACCCGCGGCCGACACGCCAUCCCACAGCCUCCCACCUCGGCAACGCUCCACACUCUCGCCGACGAUCUCCUCGCCGUCCUGGACGCCCUCCGCAUCCCAAGACUGCACGCUCUCAUCGGCGUCUCCAUGGGCGGCGCCACAUCCCUCAACUUCACCCUCAAAUAUCCCUCGCGCCUAGACAAGCUCAUCGCCUGCGACUUCAACGCCGCCUCCUCGUCCGCAAACUCUCAGGCAUGGAAAGACCGCGUCGCCAUCGCCGAGCAGGAUUCCGGCCGCGGCAUCCACCAGCUCGCCGAACGCACCAUUGCCCGCUGGUUCCACCCGGCGUCCAUGGAAAAGCCGGAUCUCGUCAAGCGGAUGACGGAAAUGGUCACUGAAAACAGUGUAGACGGGUUUAAACAUAGCUGCACCGCUCUUUCCGACUAUGACAUGAAGCCUGAUAUGCCGUCGUGCUCUGUCCCAGGACUAUUUGUAGUUGGCGAUGGCGACGCCAAUGGAGUGCUGGUAAAAGCAAUGGAAGGAUUUACAGGCCUGUUUGGACCAAACGGCACUGAGCUCAAAAUUGUUCCCAACACAGGACAUUUGCCCAUGUCCGAGGACCCAGACGCAUUUUGGGAAGCUGUAAAGGGAUUCUUAUAA